UGUACGAAGCCUCUGAGCCGGGACGAGCGAGUAGCGAAGGAUCGCAAACCAUUGUUUGUUCGACGAUUAGCGAUGCACGAUUCGCACGGGAUUCUGUUCACGAGUUUACUAUGCGUUCGGUGUUAGUCCCGUUUAGGUUCAAAGAGUUUCGCAAAAUGCGCGUCGCGUGUCUGUUCGUGACGAUUCUGGCCGUUGUUCGUGGACAGUCGGACGAUGGGUACGAUCAGUCGUCCAUUUAUUACACCGAGCCGACUUUCGUUAAUGCAACUAACGGCAAUGCGAACGGUGGCUACACCGAACUACCCGGCGGUCACAUCAUCAGGGGCCAACGGCUGUUGGAACGAUCGAAAAGCCCGUACCUGCUACGCGAAGAUCUGUUCGUGGAUCGCGAGUGCGAACUGGUGAUAGAGCCAGGCGUGGAGAUACGAUUUGGUCCCAUGAUCGGCAUCACUGUUCGUGGUAUCGUAACUGCAAAGGGGGAACCACACGCGCCAAUCCUAUUAACAGCAGCAGAGGCUAACAAUCAGGUCCACCCUGUUGAAUCGCCGCUUUCGAUACGACUGGUCGACGGGCCGACGCCGUACGAAGGUCGUUUGGAGCUGUUCCAUCGAAACGAAUGGCGAGCCGUAUGCACGAAUUCGCGAAACUGGACUCGAGCUGAUCUGGAGACAGCGUGCAGACAGCUUGGUUUUCAAGGAGGGAGAUGGUGGUCGUGGAUGGAUAGACAAUGGCCCGCGAAACCGCGACUUUUGUACGAGCAACCAGGCUGCAGGGGCACCGAGUCGUCUUUAACGAACUGCGAGAGGUGGUCCGACAGACAGCUUGGCGGUGGCGUUUGUGAUUAUCAUCCCGAUCUCGGUGUCGCGUGUUUGCCUCGUCACGACGGAGCAACGAAGGCGAUCAAACAUUGGAGAGGUAUCCGUUUCGAAGAUGCUUUGUACGACCGACCAUUGAUACAAGAAAACACUCUCUAUGUACGAAAAUCGAAGUCUAUACUACAGAACGUGGUGAUAGAGCACGCAGGAACGGGUCGAGAAUAUAAUGUCACAUCCGCGAUCGACGUGGAAGGCGUUCCACCGCAAAUGGAAUCGAUUUCGGUCCUUCAUGCAGCCUUCACGGGCAUUAACGUCACCAUCCCGAACGCUCCUGUUAUAAUAAAUAAUUGCACCGUUCAAAACAACAGAGGAUACGGUAUCUACGUGAACAGUUCGUCCGGAAUGGCACACGUUAACGAGUGCUCCAUAUUGGAUAACGGGGCGGAUGGAAUCAAGUACGUUCACUUCGACGAACGGCCCGAUGAUAAAUUAGAUCGUACAGAGGUCUUCGAUUUAUGCACAUUUCCAACGACCACUAGUCAAACAUUUCCCCUUAUUAUAUCGAUGCAGCAGAGCAAAUACGCGCCCAACAUGAAACGCUGCCCGCAACACAUCUUUACAAGGCCGGGGCACGUGUUGACGAUACAUUUUUUACAAAUGAAGACCGAUAGAAACGACAGCGCGAUGAUAGAAGUGUACGACGGCAUUAGCGUGAUGGAAAAGUUAUUAGCCAGAGUGCGAAUUAAAAAUGGCACGUUGCCACAGAGCGUCACCACGACCCGUCAGAAUCUGUACGUGAAAUUCAUCGCUGAACCGCGCACCAACACGAUCGUUUUCGUACGAUUGAUUUCCGGCUACAAGAAAACGUACGAUCUGAACGUGACUGGUAGCAUCAUUGCCGGCAAUAAUGGAAGAGGAAUCGCGGUGGAGAAGUUACGAUCGGCUCUGCACGUUCAAGAGACUUCUGUGUCCAGCAACAAACACGUGGCUGGUGUGCAUGUAUUGGGCGGUGCUGCCGACGUAAAUAUAACUGGCAGCCGUAUAUCAUUCAACACGGGCGACGGCGUUAACAUCACCCACACGGGAGGGAACCGUAACGUGUCGCGUACGAGCAUUUCCUCCAAUCAGGGUUACGGAUUCGCGGUGUGGCUGAACGACAGUUCCGCCACCGAAUACGUGUACUUCAAUCAGGCCACCGUGAUCGAGUAUUCGCAAAUAUUCCGGAACAAGGAUAUCAGUAUUCUUGUUGGCAACGCAACCGGCAACUCGUACGUGAACGUGUCCGGUAAUUGGUUCAACAGCAGCGCCGAGACGGCGAUACAAGUGGGGUCCAGCUGGAGGCAGAACGAAGGGUUGUUGAGGCUCCAAAUUGGCCACAAUUCUUUCGUGCAAAACGCCAAGUUUGGAAUCAAACUGAGCCCCGCCCUCAACAUGGAGGCGGUCAUCGAGCACAAUAACUUCCGAGAGCAAUCGAACGGUUGCAUGUUAAUAAAAAAUCCGCUCUACGAAGAGUUCAGCGUCCUUCCCGUUUACAUCGUCGUCCGGCACAACGAAUUCUACGGGAAUCGGGGCGCGUUUGUGGUCAGCGUCGGUCUGUCGCCGUACAGCGACGUACAGAGACUACUGUUCACGAGAAAUUUCUUGCGCGACAAUCGUGCCCGCGAGCUGUUCGACGACGGGAACUCGAUGAGAUCCAGAUUGAUACCGCGUUCCAGAGUGGCGGCGGUCGUGGUCGUUUCGUCGAGCAACGUGGAAGUUUUCCGGAACAUCCUGCACAAUCCCGAGUCACGAUACGAGAUCGGCUCUCACCUAGAGGACCAGAGUAAAAUUAUCAAUUGUACUUACAAUUGGCUUGGAUUCGCGGAAGAGAACAGGAUAUUUGAACGACUGUUUCACAGAAAGGACAGAUACAAUCUGGCUAAGAUCGAGUACCUGCCUUACCUGCUGCACAGCAGCAAUCCAGGGGCGAACACGAUCAUUUCGAAUCCGACGUUCGUGCCGCAAUUCGUUACACCGGGUACAAACUUGGUCGGCGGCGAGGUAGACGGCCUCGAAACGUUGAAGGCGGGAGAAUAUAUCGUCGAGCGCGAUAUCAAUGUUAGACCAAGCGGUAAACUGAUCCUCCAUCCCGGUGUCACGUUGCGUUUCCCGCUGGCUGUAGGGAUGAUGGUUGCCGGGAGACUGGACGCACGUGGCAAACGACCGAGCGACAUUCUGUUCACGUUAAAAGAGGAGAUCGUUAUGGACGGGAACAACGACACACUGACGAACGAGGGACUUGGUCAAAUGAACGAAAUGGAACCGUCCGUACGACUUCUCGGCGGUAAAACGAACCUCGAAGGAAGGCUACAGGUGAAAGUUGGCGAAAAAUGGGGAACCGUUUGCAAUUACGGUUGGACGAUCCGCGACGCGGCCCUCGUUUGUCACCAAUUAGGUCUCACUCUGGACCCUGACAAUUGGCUCAUGGAACGUUCGCAAAUUCCAAACGCGGGUAUCAACGAAGACAUUGUUCUUAGUAACGUUAGGUGCACCGAGGACGAUAACGACAUAUCGAGGUGUCGAGCAGAAACGGAACAAAGCUUUGAAAAUUCUUGUACUCAUGAGAACGAUGUGGGCGUUAGGUGCUCGGAGGCGGCUUGGGCUGGCCUUCGAUUGGGACCGUUGGCUCAGAGAAGCGAUCUUCAAUACGUGACCAUCGAAAAGGCAGGAUUGCUUGAUUACAUCACGAACUCGUUCAAGCCAGCAUUGCAAAUCGAUUUCUCGCGACACUCGUUGGACAGUGUCAGAGUUAUCGAUAAUCUGCAAGACGGUUUAGGAGUUCUGUACUCGGAUAUAUAUUCCGCGGACGCGGUGAACACUGUUAGGAACAGCGACUUUUCGCACAACGGCGGCAGCGGUAUCAGUUUCAAGCAACUGGGAAUGAAAAUCGACAAUUCCAGAAUCGAGAAUAACAAAGUUGCUGGAAUCAGGCACAAUCCAGCUCUAUCCGCUGUACAGCAGAGAGAAUUCGCGGGCUGGUUUUUGCGUGUACCGGACGCAAUUGAAUCUUCCUACGAUCCAAUAAUCAUAACCCACAACACGCAAGACAUCGUACUCGCCAACGAGGAAACCAAGUACUUGGUAACUGUUAAAAUGAACAGCGAUCCAAUUCGACAACGUAUCUACAUCAGAUGCAGACCGGGAUACGUGAUCGGUAUACAGCUUCUCAAUCCUAUCGAGAAUCGUAGCACAGAACAGAUCAUCCUGCACGAUUCGCAGUACGGCGACUCCGGUCGAGACGUCUGGCACGUGAAACGGGAUUUAUCGGUAUUCCCCGUGACGUCCAGUUCGUUCGCUGUGGUUUUGGAGUAUGAAAGUGGCAGGAACGCGCUCGGCGGUGCUGUUAUGGUUAUCACAGCUCUGCAGGCCCCGAUACAGGACGUACGGAACAAAAUCGUGAGAGGACCCAUUCCGACCUUGCUGGUUACAGAGUCCAAGAUCAAGAACAAUCGAAGGGGUAUACUGGCGUCGUACUACAACAGAUACUUGGACGAGAUCGGCGAUCAUUUUCUACGAAAAGCCAACGAGACUGUGCAACUGAUCAGUUGCGAGGUGUCUCACAAUCAGGAAGAAGCAAUUUACGUAUACUCCCCGCACUGGAACAUCUUUCAAACGAACAUGUCCGAAAUCUCGAUCCAUAUCAACAACAGCCUGAUCACGGAUAAUGGUAAAGGCAUAUAUCAAUUCAGUCGCGACGCCAGACAAUCCAAUAAUCUCUUUCACUGGAUAAUGCAAGACAGUACCGUGGAAAGGAAUCGAAACGGCGGCUUCGAGGUAUUGUUGCCCGAGGUGUGGCAGUACAACGAAAACUUCACGCACACGCUCUACUUCGGCAACAAUACCUGGCGAAACAACGAGGAAUUCGGUUUCGUGGUGGACGGCCAUUACGCCACCUUGAACAUUUCUCAGAAUCGGUUCGAGGGGAACCGUUGCAAAACCGGCCUGAUCUCUGUCCGCGGAAUGGAGAAGAGAAUGAGGAUCGACAAUAACCGUGUAUCGAGCAACACCGGCGUCUACAUGGUGGAGUUCAAGGCGGACAGUCAGUCGGAGAUUCUGGGCGACGUGGAUGCUCGUUUUUACUACAACGAGAUCAAACGGAACAGUUACGAUCUGGUACGCAUGGGGCCCCGUCGCACGGACGACAGUCCCAGUUACGUGGUCGGCUUCCACGGUAUUCAAAAGGUGCGGAUAAACAGGAAUCUGUUCGGCGAGAAUUCUUUGGACUACGAGUUGCUGGCUGGUAUCAGAACCGCCAAGAUCAACAACGAAGUAGACGUGACCGAAAACUGGUGGGGAACUCCCGACGACGUCGACAUCAGACGAAAGAUAUUCGAUUUUGACGACUGGAACGAUCACGCGGUGGCCCGUUAUCGUCCUUUCCUAACGAACGACGCCCUCGAUUCCUCCAUUUCCGCGUCCUGGCAGAUCGCUCGUGAGAUAGACUUGGACAAUUUGGGCGGACGUAUCGUGGAAAAUCUGUCCAUACAGGCCAGGGAUAAACCUUACGUUGUACGAUCGGAUAUCACCGUUAUGCCGGAAGCCACGUUGCACGUUUAUCCGGACGUCGUCAUGGAGUUCGCCCCCAACGUCGGUAUCCUCGUCCUCGGCACUCUGAAAGCCGUAGGUGCACCCGGUCACGAGAUUAUAAUGAGGUCGAUGGAACGUAGCAACGCGAACGAGGCAACGAUCGCAAAACCCACGAGAACCUCCGGAAACGUCGUCUCGAUGUCCGAGGAAACGAUUCGUCUUUGCAAAGACGGUCGUUGUUCGUCCUUGUACAACGAAGGAUUUCUGGAAUUCUUCAAUAAAACAACCUUGCAAUGGAUACCGCUGUGCGAUACCAGAUUCACCGAAAGGAACGCGCAAGUGGCCUGUCGACAAUUGGGUCACGACACCCUUAAUGUCUACGUAUCGUACGAUCGUAGAUACGAGUUGCAUCCCGGUUCUCUGAUACGCGUAUGGUCUUGGCCCGAACCGCUACAGUGCACCGGCAAGGAAGAGAAAUUAGAAGACUGUCGGAUUCGAUUGAACGGCCAACUGUUCGGUCAUCGGCACGAGUGCUCGUGGGACGACCAAUUCGUCUUCAUCGGCUGCGGGAAAAGAAAUCUGGACGACGCGUACGAUUACUGGGGCGGAAUACGUAUCGCCAACAGCGAGUUCGAGCAUCAUUUGUACGAGCAUCGGAUUCACGACGUUGUCACACACGAGACAGUGAGACGGGUCGAAUCGGUACUGAAACAUAUAAACAUCACCGGCGCCGGGAUUCUGCAUUUCGAGAAAUCGGCCGCGGUGCAGACUAUCAUGAAAUCUCCGGUGAUAAUGCAAGUGAACGUAACACGCAGCGCCUAUCACGGUUUCAAUGUGAUAUCGCCGACACACGCGGUUGUAUUGUUGUUCAAUGUUGUCGAUAACGUGCUUGGAAACGGCGUGAACAUACUCUCGAUAACGGGGGAGGGACGCGAGGCCGACGAAAGUUCAUUCACCCCUAUCAAAGAUCUUAAUAUUCCUUAUCACCUGUUCAGUAUGAUCGAUAUAUGCGACACCACUAAAGAGAUCACGCUCGAGGAACGAGUGAUAGUUUAUUACAAGUACGACAAUUACCCCGUGAACUGCGUGAAAAUUUUCCGUAGCGCUUACAGGGCCAAACCGUUCGGAUUCAGGCUCUUGCAGUUUAAUCUUUUCAAUUCUACCGGAAAACCUGGCCGCGUCGACAGUAUAACAUUGUACGACGGAGAUAUUUAUAACGUCACCGCGAAGAGCAUAGGUCAUCUGGAAGCCAACAGUCCCGAUGAAAAGAAACUGUUCAAAACCCAAGGACCCAGCCUCAGUGUGAGACUGUUCGCUAACGGUGCGAGCAACGUGCACGGAUUUAUCGCGGAAGUAGUCACCCUGCCAAUCUCUGCCAUUGGAUUUAAUCGCGAUGUACAACACAACGUUUCUUAUUCCAUAAUAACGAACUGCCGCGAGGGAGCGAUAAAAUACGCGAGCGCCGGCGAAGUAAACGCAAUAAUGACUCUCGAGCGCAAUCAGUUCACGAACAAUUGCGAGAAACUCUAUGGUAAUUUUUCAACUUGCAAGUCCGCGCUAUGGCUGGACGUUCAGAAUACUCAAUCGUUAUACUUUAGAAACAAUUUAGUUCAAAAGAAUCAAGGCGGACUUUCCAUUCGCGCCGAUUCCAGAGGCUCGGCGACUUCUUUGAAAGGAUGGAUUCACAAUAAUCUUUUCGCGGAAAACUUUAACAGACCCGCGCUAUACGUAGAGGGUCGUCAAAGCAGUCCGUACCAGGAAGUUACUAUAUUUAGAAACUACUUUACGAAGAACAACGCUCCUUACGACAACAACAUUGUUUUGAAACAAGUGGUCAGCAACAUGACGCUCAAUUAUUUACAUGGCAAUCUUGGCUCACACCUGUUAGAAAUUUCGGGAUUCGAGAGGGUUCGUUUGCCCAUCUACCAGAGCACGUCUCACAAUGGUUUUUACAAGAACUAUGCGGUAAACCGUGACGGUCGUAGUACGAUAGUGGCUGGAACCCCUGGUCAACAAUACGUCGACAAUGUCUUUUUCAAUCCAGAUAAUGAUUAUGAAAUGCUCACGACGAAUAGAUCACAGCAAUUGGAAAUGUGGAGGUCUCACGUGGAUGCAAGGCACAAUUGGUGGGGAUACAACGAAACGUUGGCGGUUGCAGGUAGAAUAAGGGACAGAGGGGAUUCUCCGGAAUUGCUGCAGGUCGAUUAUCAACCCUUUCACAUGAGCAAUUUGUCCGUGCUGAAUGGAAAAUGUCCACCAGCUUGGGACCUUGUGGGCGACACGUGUUACAUAUACAUUGGUGCACCAAUGGAUUUCUAUAGCGCUCGCGACUUUUGCAGGUCGGUAAACGCAUCGAUGCCGUUUAUUAUGGGCGAUUAUUUGGAGCUAUGGCAAUUUAUACGAAAGCAACAGGAACGUUACGAUUAUUCCGAUCGCGCUUGGAUACAGCAACUGGAUCGCGUGGAUCAAUGCACGACUUUCACGUAUCAAACGAUAGAGAUCGAUCACUGUGCUCAACGAAGCCCUUUUGUUUGCGAGAUUGAUCCCCGAGUGAAUAUCGAUCCUUUAUCGUGGAGGAAAGAUAUCGUUGCCGUGGCUGUGCUAGGAGCAGCAGGCAUAGCACUCGCUUUACUAACAGCCGCGAUCGCGCUCUGGGUGUCGAAAUCGAAGAGGCGAAACCUAGAAAGACUGGAGAGGCGAAAUUCUAUCAGGCAAUCGUUGCAUUCGUUGCGAUCGGUUGGCUCUACUUCCGGAUUCACGGAGCUCGCUUAUCGACGUAAACCUAUCACGACGAAACAUUCCACGGACACGCUGAAUUCGAAAUCCCUGGACUAUAGGAGAAUGUUGAACGGCGGAAGCAUCGAUUCGAUGGACAAGUCACAGUUGAACUCGUCGAUGGAGGACAAUCAAAGCUACGACGUGUACGAGGCGCACAAUCCACGGUACUCGCCGAGCACCAGCGACUUUAAGAGCACUGCCCAAAAAUACGGAGCCACUCCGAGCGGUGACAAUCCAGUUUUCGACCUGACUUAUCGCAACGAGGGCUUUCGAAAUCACUCAACGUUCGCUUCGAGAGCUACCAACGAUUGGCCUCUGUCCAACACCGAGACGACCGCGGACGAGACGCCUGCCGUGGACGCCACCCACGAAACCUCGUACCUCAAUAACACGUCCACCCUUCCGUUGCAUUCCAGCCUCGCGUUGACCGAUUCGAUCAGCGAAUUGAAACGCGACAUCGACACAUCGGCCUCCUACAGUCCCAUGGACUACGACGUGAGGCGUAGCUACGACAACGCUACGUUACCGAGUCAAACGUCCGAGCCUGUGCCCGAAUACGCCCCAGAUUUCAAUCCACCGAUACCGCCCCAUCCCUAUCAUCAUUUCGACGAGGGCAGACCCAGAAGCGAGGCACUUCUAGAAACGAAUCUCGACAACGGCGAGGAGAAACCUCUACGCUCCAAGAGCGAGGCGUUACUGGAGACCAAUCUGGACGUGUUCCUACCGAACGAGCCUACGGAAUUGACGCAACUCUCGGCCGGGGCAAGAAGCAAAAGCCAACCCUUGGAAACGGCGAUGUGAACCACCGAUAGGAACUUACCACGAAGCUGUUCGCAGAGACUGUAACUACGAACGCGAUCUUAAAAGCAAACCCACCGAAUUUAACGUUUAAGACAACGGAGCCUAAGGGGAACGAGUGCAACGAAACGCUGUCGGUUAUUUUAAGGAAACGUUCGUCGAUCUAUGUUCUUCCCGAUACGACAUACAAGGGGCGGAUCCUGAACCCGGAAAUUCAUAAAUUCACACGCUCUAUACAGGGUAUUUUAAA